AUAUUUUUGUUUAAGUUAACAUCUUUAAAAAUAUAUACAGCAAUUUAAAAGCAACACAAAAACAUUUGACGAUUGAAAAACGCGGUAAAUGUGUAGGUCGAAGAAUUUUACUAGCUUUAGAGUGGCAGAAAUGCCUGGAUUGAAUUUGAAGCAAAUUUCCGUCCUCUGUUGAAGUUACGCAAGAAAGCAGUCGUGCACCUUUGCCGUCAGGUUUAUUCGAUUUUCAAUCACAUUUCCUAAAAAAGAAAAAGAAUGUUGCGAUUUGUAGGAAGACAAGCAAAUAAUAUCGCAAGAAGUUGUUUGCGACCACGCACUGCAGCUGUAAGUCAAAAUAUCCGUGCUUCGCACGACGAGCCGGAGGAAAGUGAGGAGGAAUUUAACAAGCAAUACGUAAAUUAUCUAAGUCGGCCAAAUAUCGAUCAUUGGGAAAUUCGCCGAGUUUGGAACAAAUUGGCUGGCAUGGAUCUUGUACCUGACCCAGUUAUUAUUUGCGCGGCAUUAAAGGCCUGCAGACGAUUGAACGAUUUUGCUCUUGCUAUCAGGAUUUUGGAAAUUGUGAAGGACAAAUGUGGAAACAGACUUAAUGAAAUUUAUCCUUACAUUCUGCAAGAAAUCAGACCCACUUUAGAUGAAUUAGGUGUCAACACACUAGAAGAACUUGGUUACGAUAAACCUGAAUUAGCGCUUCAAUCCAUUGAUGAUAUACAUUAAUUAUUUAUUUAAAAUUGAUAAACAUAGUAUUUAUGUUUAGAGGUGCUUACCAUUAGAUGUCGUAAAUAAACAAAAAAUCAAUUUCCAAAUCAGGACAAAGAAUAAUUAUUAUCAUGUGUGUUACUAAAUAUCAAUUUUGAUAAAUUUUUACUAUGAUAUGUUACACCUGUUUCAUACACAAAAGCACACUGUUUACGAAUUUAAAAAAUAUAUAAAACAGAUGUUAUUUAUAUAUUGUUUUUCAAGAUUAUUGAGAUAAACAAAACAAAAUGAUAUGUAUGUAUUAUAUUUUAAUUGCAUUGGUUCCUUAUGCUUCUAAAGUUUUAGUAUUUUUCAAGUUCUGUUUUUUCGUUCUUUUCUUUUUGUUCCUUUUUACAUCAAAAGUAACCAAAGCAGAAAGGUGAUACAACAAUGACAUAUGUACAAAUUACAUUAUAAGAUACACAGUGAUAAAGUCAUAUACACAUACAUCUAUAAUUAUCUAAAAUGGUAUUACAUUUUUUUUCCUCAAAUGACAUUAAACUUAAUUUAUGUUCUGUGUAAUUUGUUACAAACAAGAACAAAAUACAACAUGGUCUUACAUGGGAGUAUCAAUAUAUUACAUCUUGUAAUGGCCAUAGUUUUAAAAAACAAUAUAACAAUUAAUAUCUAGUCAUUGUGAUCUGUUCUACUGAUAAUUAUUAAAUUUAUCUACUUUCUUCUAUAAUGUUAUAAAAACCUUCUUCCUUUUUUUUUUUGGUAUCGUUUAUACUUGGUGUCGAGGGCAGUUUGUUGUUUC